UCCUAAAACCCUUUUCUAAUCGAAGCCUCUUGGAGAGCAAAGCCCUGUAAAACCCUAGAGCUGAGCUUAGCAAUGGCAAUAGGCACAGCACUCUCAGAGCCUCCCAAAAUCUACAGAUUCGCACAAUCCAAGUACAUAGACUCCGUCAGGUGGCUGCCUCCUAUCUCAGCCUUGGACCGCUUGGCCGUGAUCGCGGUUUUCGACUCGGAUUCGGACUCUUCCUCCAUACAAAUCCACUCUUUCACCCAAGACCCAUCACCAAAUCUAACCCCCGACUCGCAAUGGGACUCACCCUCGCGAGUUUCCUCUCUCACGGCGUCUCAAUUCAAGCACAAGUCCCUCGUGGCCGCCGCAGCGUUUUCGGGUUCGCUUCACGUCUUGCUCACCGAUGCAAUGGACCCUUCGUCGUUUGAAUCGGAGCUUUCGUUGCCCGAAAAGGCAUUGCAUGACGGGCCCAUUGCUUGUGUGGAUGUGAUGGAUUGUGGGCUUGAGUGUGUCACUGUUGGGGAAGAUGGGAGGGUCAAUCUAGUCAGUUUGGGGGAGUCUGAGCUCAGCUAUAGGAGGAUUUUCGAUAGCAGUGGGUUGGUUUCAUUUACUUCGGCGAAAUGGGCAUCGCCGAGUGAGUUUGCUACUGGAGGAUUUGGGUUUAGUCUGCAGUGGUGGGAUCAGAGAAAGCCUGGUGGGGCGGUUUCUCAGUUCAAGGGUGACUGGAAUCAAAGAGCUUCCGGGAUUGUACAUUCCAUUGAUAUUCAUCCAUCAAGAAAGCACACUUGUCUGGCAGGAGGCUCUUUAGGUACUGUAUUUGCCUGGGAUCUUAGGUGGCCACAACAGCCUCUUUUACUCUCUGGGGUUGGGUCAGGUGAAGCAAGCUGCUCACCAUGUGAAAGUGAUGUUUGGGAGGUUCAGUAUGACCCCUAUGUAAAGUCUUCAAAUGUAGGAAAUGUUUCUUCACGUAUUUUACCUACUAUGAUCUGUUCUGAGGACGGAAUUCUUGCUGUUGUUGAACAGGGUGAGGAACCCAUUGAGCUCUCAGCAGAACCUUGUGCAAUCAACAGUUUUGACAUAGACCAGCAAUAUCCUUCUGAUGUGAUAUACAGCCUGGAGUGGGAAUCUAUAGCCAUCUUGACAAGGCCAUGAUAUCAAGAAGUGGAAAUGAAGAUUCAGAGUUCAAUUUGGAGCUAGCAAUUAAAAAAUGGAACCCUGCCAAGCCACUUGGUGCUGAAGUGAAGUUAAAACUAAUGUACAAACCAAGUUACUAAUAAAGUUUCUGUUGUAGUACGUAGGAUAAUCGCUGCACAAGUGUGUAAAGUACUGUUUAUAGUCUGCUAAAAUAUCGAUCAGAGAUUCAGUGUUAAUGUACCCAAUCCCAUGUAAUUGGGACAAGCUUUGUUGGUGUAGUGGUGCUUCAAAGGUUCUUGAGAGCAUACAUUUUCACCAUUACUGCAGCAGUGUAAGGCUGCAAGAUUAGAUCCAGGCUCAACAAUGCUCCAUAGACACUGGUCGAUAGUUUAUAUGCAUCUCAAUUAUGGUUUUGAAAA